UUUCCAAGGUUAUUAUUAUUAUUGUCAUACUGUUUGAUGAUGCUAUCUCAUUAGAUACCUUUUCUAUCUUAAAUUGACCAUGGUGUCCCGCCUCGAAGUCACUUUUCCGCACUACCUAGGUGUGUACAACGAUUGCAGCAAUGUAUUGUCGCAAGGGGAUGGCGGUUGGGAAGACGUCAAAAGAGUCACCCUUCGAGGAUCGUCAUCGGGUUCGUCGCGUCCGCUACAGAAUGAUCGUCACCCGUUUUGAGCAUAAAGGCGGGUUGCAAAUACAUUCCGAUACGAAUACGACACCGCACACUUUCACGUUCCUACAGUAUCCGCAGUCCUUCGCGUACAGUACCAAGUGGUUGAACGAGAGACGCAUUGAAGCUCAUGCUGCAUAUAAUGUACGAAAUGCGAUAUCGUUUGAGCAAAUAGUAGCAAUGUCCGCCGUAUACGAGCGGUAUAGAAGGAUAACCUUCGCUUCUUCUACAUCGUAUGUACUGUGUGUACAUUCAGAGCUCAACUCGGUCGAAUGGAUGGCGAACCACGGAGCGACAAAACCGCAAUGGGGACUUCUGUUCCCGUCUUCACUGCCAGUUCCGCACCUGAGAUCUUCGGAUUCCACAGGGGAGUUUUACAGAUUCGUCCCGCAAAUCGCGCAUGACCGUGAGUGCCCGGACAUGCAGUGUAUACUGUAAUAUGUUUCUGGUCGCCAGCCUCGGCGACGCUCGGGGGUUUCACGCGAUCGAGUGCCAGAAAGGAGGAGCCGAAGAUGUUCACUAAAUGUACAUGAGAGCACGCGACGCGUUUACUUAGCGCGAGGUUCUCCCAUCCCAGGUUACCAAACAACUACGAGACAUUCACAUGCAA